AUGGCUUUACAAAUUCUACCUCCACUCAUCUCUGCUUGUGGAAAAGUUGCUACAACACUUAUUGCUGGUGGUAUUGGAACAAAAAUAGCUGAUAGUUUUAGCAGUAGAACAAAAGAACAAGCACUAAGACAAGUAGAUGAGUUAAAACAGGAGAAUGAAGGGUUAAAACAGGAGAACGAAGGAUUAAAACAGGAAAAUGAAGGGUUAAAACAGGAAAAUGAAGAGUUAAACAAUAAAACCAAAGAAUUAGAAAAUGACAUAGUAACAAAAGAACAAGAAUAUUUCGUUUCAUUAUUAAAAGGAAAAGAUGAAAUAAUCAAACUUACUGAACAUUAUAAAAAACAACAACAAUAA